AUUUAAAAAUUUGAAAAAAUAAAUGAAUUCCGUAAAUAUAAAAAAUAACUCCGAAAAUCAAACUUUUGGCGUCUUACAGAAUGCUGAUGAGCAGGAGCGAACAUUUUUAAUCGAAAAAAAACAUGAAAAUAGUUUCAAAUCUAAUAACGAUUUGAUACUUUCAAUUCGCGAUAAAGAAAAUCAGUUAAUCCAAAAAGAAGAUGACUUUUCAACAGAAAAUUCAUUAAAUUCAAUGUUACCUAACUACAAAAGUUUGAUAGAAAAGUUUAUUAUAGAUGAACCGCCAAAGUUUGAAGUAGUUACCGGUAAAAAGUUGAACUUUGAAGUUGAAAAUUUAAACAAUGGAAGUAUAUUCAACAACAAUUCACGACCAUCUGCAAGAUGCGAAAAAAUAAUAAAGUGGUUAAUUUUUGGGUUUUCACUGUUCUCUAUGUUUGCUGUAAUUGCUUAUGGGUUCAUAAACCGUUCGACAUCGUAACUGGUUUUCAACAUCGUAACUGAUUUUAUUG